GAGAGAGUGGACAAGAUACACACUAGAGAGCCUUCGCAUAUUAGAGAAUAGAAAAAGAACGAUGAAUACAAAAGAAGACACAGAUGAUAUUGCGGCUACUUAUUUAUUAUGUUUGUGACAAGAAAAUCAGUAUGACAAGUGUACCAAACGAUAAUGGUACAGAGCAUUGUGUGCUUUUAAGUGUUUAUGUUUUAGUGUUUAUAUGUUUAUGUGUUUAUAUGUUAACAAAUAUACGUAUAUGAAAAUUGGCCCCUGAGGAUGCUAAGGAGUUUAGCGAAACGUAGGGCAAAGCAGUGAAGAAAAAACGUUGUUUUUACUUGCACUAAUCACCAACUAGGCCAAAGAAGCUCAUCAAAAUUAAUAAAAUUUAGUCAAAUUUAACGUCUACUCAAUAAGCAUUCAUUGCUGCUGAUAGUGAGCUGCGCAACAAUAACCUCAGCUUAUCUGCCGCCAUUCAAUUAGUUUGCGCUCGCCGCUUGACCUGCUAGCGACGAUGGCUAAUCUGCUUUCGAUGCGUAAUUUAGCGAUAUUUUGUAUUUUGGCCAAUGGCUUGGUUUUCGUUCUACUUUCGGAGUUGCCCACGUUACGUAGCUUCACGCCGCUUGCGGAACGCGUGCGUGCCUACGAAACUGUGCGCGCCAACAUAUUGAAGAAGGAGAUAAGCGCACAACUCGGCGGCGGCGUGCUGCUCAAUGCCAAAGAAAUGGCGCUCAAUGAACUGAUCAUGCUGGAGAAGAGACGCGAACUGGAGCUGAGCUUGACAAAUUUGAGCCACUUUCAAGCGGCACAACACUUUUUUCGCUCAAAUGAGAAAAUCAACAAAACACCACUCUUUCAGCUGUUGCGCGGUAUGCCGAAAGGCGGCGUUUUGCAUGCGCAUGAUAUGGCGCUGUGUAGCAGUGAAUACCUGUUGCGGCUGACAUAUCGAGAGCAUUUGUGGGUUUGUGUUUCACGCAGUGAGACAAAAGAGUACGAGCGGCUGCGUUUCUCUUUGUUGCGGCCGCAGAGCGAGCAACCGUGCGAAUGGUUGCUUUUGAGCGACUUACGUGGGAAUGAGCGUGGCGAUGUUGUUGAUAAGAAAUUAUUAGCGCAAUUGACUAUGUAUCCGCAAGUGCAGUUCGACAAUGAGGAUGUGGUGUGGAAGCGUUUUCGUAGCAUAUUUCGACUUGUUUUUGGGCUGUUGACCUAUGCCCCCGUAUGGGAGGAGUACAUCUACAGGGCGCUGGAGGAAUUUCACGCAGAUGGCGUGCAAUAUUUGGAAAUACGUUCCUUAUUACCGAUAUUUUACGACCUAGUUGGUGGCAACUAUACCAUACUGAAUACGACGCGAGCAAUGCGCAAUGCGGAAUUACGUUUCCGCGCAACGCAUUCGGACUGGAUUGGUUCGCGGCUGAUCUAUGCGCCCACGCGAAAAGUUAGCGACGCUCGUUUCGUCGAGUAUCUCGGCAAUGCGCUGUUGUUGAAGUCCCAAUUCCCCGACUACCUUGCCGGCUUCGACUUGGUUGGCUAUGAGGCCGAGGGUCGCCCAUUGCGUGAUUAUGCUCGCGAGCUUCUCGCUGUACAAGAUGAAAUCAACUUCUAUUUUCAUGCUGGCGAAACCAAUUGGUAUGGCUCAAGCAUCGAUGAAAAUCUGCUCGACGCUGUGCUUCUCGGCACUAAGCGCAUUGGUCAUGGCCUGGCGCUGCUUAAGCAUCCUGAGGUGUUGCGUUUGGCGCGUUUGCGAAAUAUUGCCAUCGAAGUGAGUCCGAUAUCAAAUCAAGUGUUGCAAUAUAUUGGCGAUUUGCGUACUCAUCCCGCUGCGGUGUUGUUUGCGCAAAAUUAUCCGGUUGUGAUCGCUUCGGAUGAUCCAUCAUUUUGGAAGGCUACGCCGCUAACACAUGACUUCUAUGUGGCAUUUAUGGUGAUUGGCUCGCAGAAGGCAGAUCUUGGCAUGCUAAAGCAGUUGGCUUGGAACUCGAUUGCUUAUGGAGCAUUUGAACAGACUCAGCGGGAGGAAGCCUUUGAGAAAUGGAGUAAAAGAUGGGAGGAAUGGAUUGACAAUGUCCUGAGGUAGACGACAGGAUGCGAAUAAAAAUGUUUGUGCAUUUUUCUACUUUGAAAAUUUAAAAUUUUUUCUGAUGAUUAAGA